GCCCGGGCUGGGGAAGGAAGGAAGGAAGGAAGGAAGGGAAGAAGGGAAGAAGGGAAGCAAGGAAGGGAAGGAGGAAGCAGCCCUUCCCUCCCUUCCCUCCCUUCCCUCCCUUCCUCGUUGGGCUGGCUUCCUCUUCCGCUGCGGGCUGCUCCAGUUCCCAAUGUCGGAGGCGGGCGGCAAGGGCAGCAGCAUCAUCCUCAGCCAUGGCGGCCUGUGCUGGGCCUCGCUCUUCUCCUGCCUGGGCCUGGCCUGCGCCUACGUGGGGAGCCUCUACGUCUGGAAGAGCCACCUGCCCAGGGAUCACCCAGCAGUUAUCAAGCGUCGAUUCACCAGCGUCCUUAUUGUCUCCAUCCUCUCGCCAUUCUUCAUCUGGGUCUGGAAAGAGGUGACUGGAAUUAAGCCAGGUACAUCCCUUCUUGCCCUCAUGGGCUUCCGGCUUGAAGGAAUUGUGCCAGCAACCCUGCUCCCUUUGCUGCUAACCAUGGUGUUAUUCCUCGGUCCUCUCAUCCAACUCUCAAUGGAUUGUCCCUGGGACUUGGUAGAUGGUUUGAAAGUGGCAUUCGACCCCAACUUCUGGGUUCUCUGUCUGACCGACAUGCGCUGGCUCCGCAACCAGGUCAUCGCACCCUUUACCGAGGAGCUGGUGUUCCGCGCCUGCAUGUUGCCCAUGCUCGUCCCCUGCACAGGAUUGGGGCCGGCCAUCUUCACCUGCCCCCUCUUCUUCGGAGUCGCUCAUUUUCACCACGUCAUUGAGCAGUUGAGGUUCCGCCAAGGAAGCACAGCCAGUAUAUUCCUCUCGGCAGUGUUCCAGUUCUCAUACACAGCUGUAUUUGGGGCCUACACAGCCUUCAUCUUCAUCAGGACAGGGCACCUCGUUGGGCCUGUCCUCUGCCACUCCUUCUGCAACUACGUGGGCUUUCCGGCCGUGGGGGCGGCCCUGGAGCACCCUCAGCGCGUCCUGGUGGUCUUCUUCUACCUGCUGGGCGUGGGGCUCUUCCUCCUCCUCCUCCACCCCAUGACGGACCCGGCUUUCUUUGGCCGCCUGCCCAUCUGCUCCCUCUCCAGGCUGACCUCUCCCACCAAGAGCCUGGGGAGCUUCUCCUUCUGCUCCUGAUGCUCAGCCCGCCACCUCUUUCCCUCGGGCCAAGCAAGACCUUGGCAUCUCUCCUGGCCCUUUGGGCUCUCCUGCACGCUUGGGGUGGAUUUGGAGUCGAGUUGCACGAGGGCGCAGGACAUGAUCCGAUCACUCCUUGCCGAAAAGCUGCCGCCGAAUCCUGUUUGUGGUGAGGAUGUAGCUGGGCCUGCAUUCCUGAGAACUUCUGCCCUGAGCCCUUUUUUAUAGUUCCCCAGUCGGGUGGGCAUGGGGAGGCUGUCAUAUUUUCCUUCAGGUUCCCAAAAAAACUCUAUUUUUAUUAUUAAAGAUACUUUAAGGAGA